ACGACAGCCAAUCGGCCUCGUCUCCCGUCGGUCAUCAUUAACAGGACUUUUCUCUCGAUAAGCGAUGUGGAUAUACCUAUUUACGGUCCUCUUAAUCGUGCUCAUCACUGAAGCCCGUGGUGAUGUGGCGAGCGGACGAGGCGCUCCGGGUGAUGUGUGCGAGAUGGGCGGGGGCGUGAAGGGGCGCUGCGAGGAGGUGGGGGCGUGCCUGCAGGACGGAGGCGUGGUCAGAAGGGAGGGCGUGGUCACCCUCUGCCAGCAGGAUCCCGCGGCCGUCAUUGUCUGCUGUAGGAAACCCCAUCGGAUUGCCGAAGAGCUCUGCAGCGCGUGGGCGGGCUAUUGGCGCAGCGAGGGAGGACAGUGCAUACAGGAGAAUCAGCUGAUCAUCGGCGGUGUCACAGCCAAGCUCAGGGAAUUCCCACACAUUGCUAUUGUUGGUUACCAGCUGACUCAGAACUCGAUAAAAUGGGAGUGCGGAGGAACCCUGAUUUCGCCCCACUACGUCCUCACGGCUGCCCAUUGCUACAAAGAGGGCAAGCAGUACAUGGUCAAGCUAGGCGAACACGACCUCGCCCACGACAACGAAAACGUAGCCUCGCGAGUCAGAGGUGACCUGCCCUCGUCGCUUUACAAGGUCGAGUCUCUCCGCCAGGAUGCCACGGAGUCGACUAAGGUCGAACAGCUCCUGAAGGGCCGCUUCAUCCUGUACCCGGAGUACCAUCACUUCAAGUACUACGACAUUGCUCUUAUUGCUCUCGAGAAGCCGGCGACUUUUACCCUUAGCGUGUUGCCGGCUUGCUUGCCAACUGACCCGAAUAAGGAUUUCGUCGGAGAAAAGGUCACUGUAGCAGGAUGGGGAUAUACUGGCAUAGGCGCUCCCGUCAUCACAGACAUCCUGCGGAAGGUCACAGUGCCAGUCAUCGACCUCCUCGAGUGCCAGCACCGGACCCCAGACCCGUAUGGGUUAAGCACGCCCCUGGGUCUCAUGGAGGACCAGAUCUGUGCCGGCGCCCCUGGGAAGGAUUCUUGCCAGGGCGACAGCGGAGGACCCUUGCUCUACCAGGCUUCCCGUAACGGCGUCCCCUGCGAGCACACCGUCAUCGGCGUGGUGAGCUUCGGCCAAGGCUGCGGGCAUCUCGGCGUCUACACGAGGGUCUCCUCCUACUUGGACUGGAUCACUGGAUUCAUCGCCCCGAACGCAUGACGUGUCUACGAGAACGUAAACAAACGCUUGAAUCUAUGAGACAAAUUCACGUCAUUUAGUUAAACACAGAUGCAGAUAUAGUCUAAAACCCCAUAAAAGAAGAAAGGAGCACGGAUGUAGACCCAGAAACGUUGUACACAGUAAUAAAGAGAAACAAGACCACAGUAUAAACGGAAUAAGAAAGUUACAUUCCGAACUGGAAUGGAUCCUGUAGUAAUAUAUAUAUAGACAGGUAGAUAAAGAGAUAGAUAUUCACACACACACACACACACACACACACAC